AAAUAAACAUUUUGUUGCACAAUUAUAUGUUAUAAUAAGUACAUUUUUUUAUUAUAGUAAAAAUAAAUAAAGGUAUUUCGUAUGUCAUACAAACAAGCACAAAAACAUUACUGUAUACCGAUUUAAUUUUUUAUAACUGAACCACAAACCACUAUAAUAUUAUGUGAUCUGCAUUCAAAAAAUAUUAAAAUUAUAAAAUAAAACGUGAAUAAAUUAAUAUUCUAAUAUAACUCCUCAACCUAAUUUGUGAUAAUAGUAAAUAAAUCUUUCAUUAUUUCAUACACAAAACUAAAAUGCCAAUUUUGCAAAUUGAUACUAAUUUGUCAAUGAAUUCUGUGCCACCAGACUUUUCAGUCCAGACUUGUGAACUAAUGGCGCAUAUAUUUAAAUCACCAUUGAACUUUUGUGUUGUGCAUAUAAACACUGAUCAAGAGUUAUAUUGGUAUGGAUUAGAUGGGCCAUGUGUCUUAGGAACAUUAAAAAUAGUAUCUGGUUCUGGAACAAUCAGUCCUGAACAAAAUAUAGGACAUGCUGAAAAACUUGUAAAACAUAUCAGUGAUCAUUUAAAACUAACCAAUAAGAAUAUAUCUAUAUCAUUUGUGGAACAAGAUGCAGCGAACGUUACAAUCUUUAAUACUACUGUAUCAAAUUUUUUACAAAAUAAAAAGUAAAUAAAGAUUAUUAAGUACAAAUAUA